AUGGCUCCUCUCAUCGCCCUGUUGCUGAUCUGGAACUGUGCUGCAGAUGUUUUGCAAGGCUACGUCAUACAACAUCGUUGCUGGAGUCCAGUCUGCUUUCAGACUUGGGGUCCAGACAUGGCCAUCGACUGUGAACGCUACACCUCCUUCAUAACCACAUAUCCGAAACAAAACAACUCUUUACAAUGCGUUCUUUGGAGAUCGCUGUCCAGAAACAACUGCUUUUUGUCUUCGAACGGCCUGCUCGGGACCACAUGGGUGGAUGAAAAUGGAGAUCCGAUCAAAGACGGAGAAGAGUAUGGAAUAAUGCAGAAUUCCCUGUGUGAUGUCAGUCUGAGGGUGUCGUUCCAAAGCCCCAAGAACAAAAGCUUCAGAUGCGUCGCGGGAGUCAAUGGCCGAACACGGACCUCAAGCACAAUAUAUGUCACAGUCCUGCCUCCGAAAGGAAGGGGAAGAGGAGUCGUAAUCCAGCAGCCGCAGCCUGGAGGUGAGAAACCUGGAGAAGGUGGAAGUGAAGACCAGGCUUGGACCUCCGUGGUGGCUCCUACACUCGGGGUCGUCUGUGGUGUGCUGCUCGUGGCUGCCGCCGUUUUCGCCUUGAACAAAAGAAGACAUCCCAGAGCGACAACUCAACCUGACACAUCUGCAGCCAACUGUGCCCUGGACUCAGAGCACGUCAUGGACUCUAUGGACUCGAAGCAGGUCCUGGAAUCGGCCUUGGACUCUGACCCAGAGGAUGUGGUCUAUGCUGACGUGGUUCUCCCAGAGGCCCCUGACAGAAGCUGUGUGUGGGAGCACGAGCGCACAGUGUACGCUUGUGUGCGCUGA